AAUGCUACUCACAAGCUUUAUGCCCCUUCUUUUUACAGGAGUCAAAUAGCAGAAAUGCUCAUAUAGAUGGACGAACGAAUGAAAGCUGUGAGCAAAACAUUGACAUUCAUGGUGGAGAGCGACCGAAUCAACCGACAGAACAUGAUGAAGAACCAAUUGCAAACGACAAUGCACCAGCAAAUUCUUCGACAUCGUCUGUCAACGCCAAUUCUUUAAAUGGUGACUUUAAUGCAAUUCAAAGACAGGUAAGCACUAAUAUGCUUUAUCAAAGCAACAUCCUUUCUUUUUUGUCAUAUAUAUGUUACUAUAUAUAGUAAAA